GCCGUGUAGCGUAUAAUCCUAACGAGUUAGGGUAAGAUUUUCAGUAUCGUCGACGAAAAAGAAAAUUCCAAUGAGAAAGAAUUAUAGGAAGAGAAAUCUCGAAGAUGAGGAAAAACAGAAAGAUAUUCUAUCCGAAGAUGAAGAGGAAAGGAGAUUUGUAUUGGAGGAGGUAAAAUUCCUUCAGAAGCAGCGGGAGAGGAAAUUAGGAAUCCCUGCGAUCUCGACCGUUCAAACAGUCGUCGGCGUAGUUACGAAGCCAAGCGAGAAGACUGAAGGAGGUGAUGGGGAGAAGGAUGAUUUGGUGUUGCAGGAUACAUUCGCUCAGGAGACUGCAGUUACAGUUGAAGAUCCUAACAUGUUGAAGUAUGUUGAACAAGAAUUGGCAAAGAAAAGGGGCAAGAGUAUUGAUGCUACAGAUCAAAUUGAGAAUGAUUUAAAAAGUGCAGAGGAUGAAUUGUACGUCAUUCCAGAGCAUCUUAAGGUGAAGAGGAGGAACUCAGAAGAAAGUUCUACACAGUGGACUACUGGGAUUGCAGAAGUUCAACUACCUAUUGAAUACAAGUUAAGAAAUAUUGAAGAAACAGAAGCUGCCAAAAAGCUCUUGCAAGAAAAGAGGCUUGUCGGACGGACAAAGCCAGAGCUGAGCAUCCCCUCAAGUUACAGCGCAGAUUAUUUCCAACGUGGCCGGGAUUAUGCGGAAAAACUUCGCAGAGAGCAUCCUGAGCUGUACAAGGACAGAGCUGUACAGGAUAGCAGUGCAGGACCCAAAUCUGCAGAGACCACUACCACAGAUGUUGCAGGGCGGAGGCAAGCUGCCACUGAUGAGUUCAUGCUCGAGCGUUUCCGCAAACGAGAACGCCUUCGUGUCAUGCGCAGAUAACACAUGCCAGCCUAUGAUCUGAUCUCUGACCACCACUGAAAUGGCACCACAUUAGGUUCUCAGCUUCUUAUCACCAGUUUCAUGCAAUUCACAACAUGGUUUUCCUGUAUCACUAAUCUUCCUACAGAAGCGACACAUGCAAUGUACAUGGGAGACCAACAAUUUAAUUUCUUGGUUCCUUGCUUUGAACCGGCAGAUACAGGCAAGCUCCCUAUUCAACAGGUCGUGAUAAUGGGUCACACGAUCUGAUGCGUUCAUAUAUUGUCAAUAGUUGUAAUUUUGUUGCUUUAUGUAUUUUGAUGUAGUAAACUGGAUGCUUGAUGUUACGAAGUGAAAUACAGGCAUCUGCUGACCAAUUUCCCCUUCCAAA